GCAGUGGCAGCGGUGGCGGCGGUGGCUGAGGCUCUCGGGAGGUGGGAGUGAAGUUCGUGUGGCGGCUCGGGUGGCUGGUCCGGGGAGAGUGCGGCUGCCGGAAGAUAACCCAGCACCUGUCCCAAGAGCCUGCCGUUCACGGCCACCUCCCUGCCUCUACUGUGUGCCUCAAGACCUGCACCUUAGCUGGAGCUCACCAUGGGGAACCACUUGACCGAGAUGGCGCCCACUGCCGCCUCUUUCUUGCCCCACUUCCAGGCCUUGCAUGUCGUGGUCAUUGGACUGGACUCUGCUGGAAAGACCUCACUCCUCUAUCGGCUCAAGUUCAAGGAGUUUGUCCAGAGCGUCCCCACCAAAGGCUUCAACACAGAGAAGAUCCGGGUGCCCCUGGGAGGGUCCCGUGGCAUCACCUUCCAAGUGUGGGAUGUGGGGGGCCAAGAGAAGCUGCGACCCCUGUGGCGCUCCUACACACGGCGGACAGACGGAUUGGUGUUUGUGGUGGAUGCUGCCGAGGCUGAGCGCCUGGAGGAGGCCAAGGUGGAGCUCCACCGAAUCAGUCGGGCUUCGGACAACCAGGGUGUGCCUGUGCUGGUGCUGGCCAAUAAGCAGGAUCAGCCUGGGGCACUGAGCGCCGCAGAGGUUGAGAAGAGGCUGGCCGUCCGAGAGCUUGCAGCAGCCACACUCACCCAUGUGCAGGGCUGCAGUGCUGUGGAUGGGCUGGGCUUGCAGCCAGGCCUGGAGCGCCUGUACGAGAUGAUCCUCAAGAGGAAGAAGGCAGCUCGGGUAGGCAAGAAGAGACGGUGACCCAAGGCUGUCCCCUCCUCACCAGUAGGGGUCUGCACACCCGGAGAGCCAUCUGGAGCCUCUGGCCCCUCACUCAGCUCUGGGGUGCAGGACCCGUCCGCCUCAAUGAAGGACUGAGGAGCACACUGGGGGUCCUGUUCUGGUGCAGCACUGGGGACCGGACGGGAGGGGAGAUGGGAUGACUCCUCCUCUCCUUCCCUUAUCCUCCCCUCUGGAGAAAUGGAGGCUGCAGGACUGGGGAGGCUUAAAUGUAAGCUGUGACUCUACCUCGACCCUGUUUCUUCUUUUUCUUCUCUGGCUUGUUGAUGAGAUGUGUUUUGGGGCAAAAGAAGGUUGUUUGGAGAAUGCAUUUGGAAUGAACGAGGACCGUCUCCCCACCUCCACCCCCCCAAAUGGGGUGUCCCCUAAGGCUGCUUUUCUAAGGAUGCUAGUCACAAUAGUCUUUAUUUUUGUGUCUGUGUGAAAGUGCCAAGAACCCUACCCCACGUUUGUAGAUCCACAACUGUUUUUAUAAGCCAUGUGUGUCCUCUGUAUUAUUAUUAACUAUUUUUUAGCAUUUGCCUCUAAGUUAUUAAAGACUGAUGAUACUGUA